CCUUGCAGGUAAUGUACGUCCUGCUGCGUCGUCGCAAACCGCAUGCGCUCAGCACAGCACAGCACAGCACAGCACAUCACAGCACAGCAUAACUCAGAUCAGCAUAGCUCAUCCCAUUAGUAUUGCGUACUCAUAUCGAGACUUGCAAUUGCAAUUGCAAUUGCGCCGCACCCGCAAGCCCAACAACGCACACGUCUGCCCCCCUAAUCCAACACACAAUGUCCGAGCAUCCACUGGAAACGCCGCCGGCGCUGGCGGAGGAUGCCAACUCGGAGAUGGAGCCCGAGAUGCAGCUGACGGAAGAAGCAGCGGCGGCCGCGGCCGAGGCGUCGCCCGCCACGCUGUACGAGCCCGCCAUCAACGGCGUGACGCCGUCCGCGUCCGGCGACGAGCCGGAACCCGACGUGAACAUGGUUGACGUGCCGGCCGACCGCUACGCCGAGCUCGACCCUGAACAGCCCGCAUCACCGCCAGCACUAACCAGCGCAAUACCCACACCGUCGGGGGGCAACGCCGCGUGGUCGACGCCCAGGUUCGGCGGCGCGCAGACACCCACCGCCACAGGCACCACCACCACCACCGCAGGAGGAGGAAUCCCCACCAGCAACAGCAACGAGGCGUCACCGCUCCCCUCAUCGCGGACAGACACGCCGCCGGCAGCGCGCAACAACAACAUGACUGACGGAAACGGAAACGACUCCGGGGCGCGGACGGGCGGGACGGGGUCGCGCGCGGCGUCGGUGCACCCUGCAGAUGCUGGCGCCGCGGCGACGACCUUGUUCACGAUGCCGACCGAGGCGCCGGUGCACGGCGCGCCGGUGCGCCAGUAUAUCAAUACCAAGAUCACAGGCGCGCUGCUCGAGGGCAUGAAGCUGGUAGCGAAGGAGCAGCCCGAAAAUCCACUACGAAUGCUUGGCGAGUUUCUUCUCCAGCGCUCAAAGGAAACCGAAGAACCAAUUGCUUUUUGAGGUCAGAUUUACCGGAUGGGGAAAAGGGCGGCGGCAUCGGAAAACAUCAGGUGUUCGGAAAAUUUGAACCUGGGUUUGCACGGAGUUCAAGGGCGGCUUCGGCUUAAAGUCACCGGUUCAAGAUACCACUUAUUUUCUGGCAGACAUGUAGAGGAAUUAAUUG